AUGCAGUGCGGAGGAGAUUACAAUAAAUACCAAUGUGCCUACGAAUGUAGCUGUAGGCCAGCAGCUAUAAAACAGAACGAUAAUCUCAAAAUUCCUGAUGGUAAAAUGUCAAAUCAAACACUCUAUAGGGCUGAUUAUCGUGAUCGCGACUGUUGCAGACCAGAUUUAGUCAAACAGCUCGAUAACUUGACUAUUCCUGAUGGCCAAUUAUCGAAUAAGACAAUGUACAGAACUGAUUAUCGUGAACAAGAUUGCCGUAGACCAGAGGCUACGAGGCAACGCGAUAACCUAGAGAUACCAGAUGGCCAACUAUCUAAUAGAACGAUGUAUAGAUCUGAUUAUCGGGAACAAGAUUGCUGUAGACCUUCAACUGCGAAACAGCUCGAUAAUUUGCAAAUUCCUGAUGGAAAAAUCUCAAAUCAGACAUUGUAUAGGGCUGAUUACCGGGAUCGCGACUGCUGCAGACCAGAUUUAGUCAAACAGCGUGAUAACCUAGAAAUCCCAGAUGGCAAAUUAUCAAAUAAAACAAUGUACAGAACUGACUAUCGUGAACAAGAUUGUCGUAGGCCAGAGGCUACAAGGCAGCGUGAUAACCUAGAAAUCCCAGAUGGCCAAUUAUCGAAUAAAACAAUGUACAGAACUGACUAUCGUGAGCAAGAUUGUCGUAGACCAGAGGCUACAAGACAACGCGAUAACCUAGAGAUCCCAGAUGGCCAAUUAUCAAAUAAAACAAUGUAUAGAACUGACUAUCGUGAACAAGAUUGUCGUAGGCCAGAGGCUACAAGGCAGCGUGAUAACCUAGAAAUCCCAGAUGGCCAAUUAUCGAAUAAAACAAUGUACAGAACUGACUAUCGUGAGCAAGAUUGCUGUAGACCUUCAACUGCGAAACAGCUCGAUAAUUUGCAAAUUCCUGAUGGCAAAAUCUCAAACCAAUCACUCUAUAGAGCUGACUACCGUGAACCAGAUUGCUGUAGACCUGCAACUGCAAACAUGAUUUGCAAUCUGAAAAUCAAUGAUGACGCUGAUAAUCGUGAUCGCGAUUGUUGCAGACCAGAUUUAGUCAAACAUCCCGAUAAUUUGACUAUUCCUGAUGCCCCGUUAUCCAAUAAAACAAUGUACAGAACCGACUACCGUGAACAAGAUUGCUGUAGACCGGAGGCUACAAGACAUCACGAUAACAUUGAAAUCCCAGAUGACCCAUUAUCUAAUAAAACAGUAUAUAGAUCUGAUUACCGUGAACCAGAUUGCUGUAGACCUGUAAAUGCUAUUCACUAUGAUAAUGUUGAAAAUUGUGAUGGUCAAAUGGACUGCUGUAGGCCAGAAACUGUUAAACAUCCUGAUAACCUAGAAGUUCCCGAUGGUCGCUUCUCUAAUACAACAAUGUAUAAAUCAGACUAUCGUGAACAGGACUGCUGCAUACCAAGUAAUUCCACGAACUAUCGAGCAGACUUCAAGGAAACCGACUGCACUCCGAGCUCAGUUUGUCAAUUCACGAAACAUGUACCUUCUGUCCCAAACGAAUUCUCAGGUUCCAUCUGCUGUUGUAACUCUAAUACAGCGGAUACAAACUAG